AUGUUGGAAGAGGAGGGUUUCGUUGAUGUCACUUUAGCUGCUGACGGGAAAUGUUUAAAAGCUCACAAGAUAAUGCUGUCUGCUUGCAGUCCUUUUUUUAAAAAAAUUUUUCAAAUGAAUCCUUGUCAGCAUCCGGUUAUUGUAUUACAAGAUGUUCACUUUUCGGCGUUAGAAUCUAUUUUAAAAUUUAUUUAUAAGGGUGAAGUGUGUAUUUUGCAAGAAAAUUUGCCGUUGCUUUUACGCGCCGCGGAAACGUUACAAAUUCGCGGUUUGUGUAAGCAGUUAAAAGAUGAGGAAUCCAAUUCACAAAUUUUUAAUGGGGAUAAAGAGUUGAAUGAAAAGUCAGGCAUUAUAAAUUCUCCACAAUCCAGUUCUAAAAUAUCUAAAAAAGUAAAAAAUCAGGGUGUCAAAUCAGGAGUUGUGCCAUGUUUUUUUUCUCAAAGUAGUAUAAAAAGUCCAGAAGAUUCCACCACAGAUUGUGAAAAGGUAAAACUUGAACCUAGGUCAGAAUCUCCUGCAGUAUUAGAUGAUAAUUAUGUUUAUUCAUUAGGGCUGACAAACAACUCGCAAAUCGAGAGAAUCGAAGCUGACGAUGAGAAUGGAUCGACAAAUUAUCCAUUCUCACCUUUUCCAUGUCCAUUUUGUGAUAGAGCAUAUUCAAGAUGGGGUUUUAGAAGGCGUCACAUAAAAGCAUGCCACACAAGAUCAAAAAGUUUACCUUGCAAAUGGUGUUUAAAGGUUCUCCCCACGCAUAGAGAAUGGGAAUCUCACGUAUGCUGUAAGCACAGGCUAUCGAGAAACGAUGCAAAAAACGGUUUAUUAAUUUUAGAAGAAGCCAAAGUUGUUUUACAAAUUCCUGAGCCGAGUAGACUUGAUGAAUUGGUUUCGAUGAUCAAAAACCAAAACAGGGCAAUGGAUGAAAUAUCAAAAAUGGACGAGGAUAAUGAUGAAAAUAAGGUUGAAAUCAGUGAGGAGGAAGUGAAUCAAAAAUGGUAA